AUGUCCAAGGCCAAGCAGCAGGCCUACCACAGUCCGUCCUCAACUGCACAAGAUCUCAACGAGUUUGGAAUAGCUAAUGGCUUCUAGACGCGCAACAACAAUAUUCCUACCCUCCUCCUUCGUCCGGCUCCUUCGCGUCUGGCUUCAUCUUCGGCCAGCUACUACUCGCUCUGAUUCUCUUCAUCUUCAUCAAGUUCUUCAUAUUCGGUGAAGCUCCCUCGGCGGACGAACGUGCCGCAGCCCGAGCAGCCGCACGACGCCAGCGGACCCUCUCCCAUACCCGCCAGCGGACUCUCUCCACAGCGCUUCGUCCACGCCCGAGUGCUGCAGUGCUGAAGCCGAGAAAUGACGGAGGUCUGACGGUCCAGAAGAUCUUGGAGAAGACGUACUACAAUGUGCAAGGACACCAACCGGAGAGCUUGGACUGGUUCAAUGUCUUGAUCGCGCAGACAAUCGCGCAGUUGAGAGCCGAUGCACAGGAAGACGAGGCAGUGUUGGGUAGUCUGACACAGCUGUUGAAUGGAGCGAGCAAGCCGGACUUCAUUGAUGACAUACGCGUGACAGAGAUCAGCCUAGGAGAAGAGUUUCCCAUCUUCAGUAAUUGCCGAGUGAUACCGGUCGAUGAGAACGGUGUUCCUCUCAAGGAGCUCACCGGACAGCGAGGCGAGAGACUGCAAGCACGCAUGGAUGUGGAUUUGAGCGACGUGGUUACACUUGGAAUCGAGACGAAGCUGGUAUUGAACUAUCCGAAGCCGUUCGUUAUGGUCUUGCCUGUGGCGUUGGCAGUAAGCGUGACGAGAUUCUCUGGGACGUUGAGCUUGAGCUUUUCACCUUCAAACCAGCACAAUCCGUACCCUGCAGCAAAUGGGAACCCGGCCGAUGGUGGACCACCUGGGCAGCCGAACAAAAACGAAGGACAUCCACUUAACCCGACUGGACACAGCCCAACCACCCUGACUUUCACUUUUCUAGACGACUACAGACUUGACUUGAGCGUGCACUCACUCAUUGGGUCCCGAAGUCGGUUGCAGGAUGUACCGAAGAUUGCUCAGCUGGUCGAAGGUAGGAUACAUCAGUGGUUUGACGAUCGUUGCGUGGAGCCUCGUUUCCAGCAAAUCGUUCUCCCUUCACUGUGGCCAAGGAAGAGGAAUACUCGCGGCGGAGAGGAAGGAGACGUGACAGACGACAAUGAAACAAGUCAGAUGGAUGGCAGUACGCAGUCGAAACCAAACCCGCCCAAUCCUCGGGCAGAGCAGUCGGUAAGAGAAGACUCGCCUGAAGAGCAGGCCAGGCCCAACAGAGGGCCCGAGACUACAGCCGAGCAACGAACAAGGGACUGGGCUGCGCAACAUGCCAGUCCCAAUCUCAGACCGAGGAGAGAUGUGUCUGGAAUUGGCAAGAAAGAGGAGAUGUCGGAGAUUGAACUUGCUGGCCAGGAGAUGCGUGACGCAGACGAGAGAGAUCGCAAGAAGAAGCUCGGCCGUACCCGAACAGACCUUGGCCCGGGCGGAGACAGCAGCAAUCUGCGCAUGAGGACGAUACGAGAAGCAAGUCAUGACGGCGCUAUCCGAGCCGCUUCAUGA